GGAUCAAAAUUCCCUCUCCCCCAAUCCCAGACAAAAUCCCAAAAAUCCUCUCUUUUCCUCUCAAACACUCCCGCUCAUAAAUUCCAAUUCCCUCUCCACUCAGAUCCACACAGCUUCUUCUGCUAUGAACUUUCUCUUUGUUAGAAAUUAGUUUUCUUUCUUUCUUAAUCUUCCAAAAUGUAUGGAAAAGCAAUUAUCUCACUAGCAUUCAUAAUCCUUCUCUUAAUCUCUUUCUCCCUCUUCAUCGGCACUGUUGAUAUCAGAUCAUACUUUUUUGCAUCACCAGAUGGAGCCCACAACUUACCCUGUACGCCCACCCACACGCAAUCCUCUCCUUCUGUUCCUCUCAAAGUGUACAUGUAUGAUCUUCCACGUCGAUUCAACAUCGGAAUGAUGCAGUGGAAGAAGGGGGGUGGAGAUGACACGCCGGUGAGGACAGCGGAGGAGUUGCCUCGGUGGCCGGUGAAUGCGGGGGUGAGGAAGCAACAUAGUGUGGAGUAUUGGUUAAUGGCUUCGCUUUUGGGAAGUGGUGGAGAGGGAGAGGAGAGGGAGGCUGUUAGGGUUUUGGAUCCUGAGAUUGCGGAAGCGUAUUUUGUGCCGUUUUUUAGUUCGUUGAGUUUUAAUAUUCAUGGACGUAACAUGACUGAUCCUGAAACAGAAAAGGAUCGGCAAUUGCAGGUUGAUUUGAUAGACUUUUUGCAAAAGUCGAAGUACUGGCAGAGGUCUGGAGGCAGAGACCAUGUGAUUCCAAUGACACAUCCAAAUGCUUUUAGAUUUCUCCGACAACUGGUGAAUGCAUCCAUUCUUAUUGUUGCAGAUUUUGGCCGCUACCCUAAAUCCUUGUCAACUCUAAGUAAAGAUGUUGUGUCGCCGUAUGUACACAAUGUCGAUUCCUUUAAAGAUGAUGACCUAUCGGACCCAUUUGAGUCUCGAAAGACACUUCUUUUCUUCAGGGGGAAUACAGUCAGGAAAGAUAAAGGAAAAGUCCGUGCCAAACUUGAAAAGAUAUUGGCUGGUUAUGAUGAUGUUCGGUAUGAACGAAGCUCGCCUACAGCUGAAGCAAUACAAGCGUCAACUCAAGGGAUGCGGUCAUCAAAGUUCUGCCUGCAUCCUGCAGGAGACACUCCUUCCUCUUGCCGGCUUUUCGAUGCUAUUGUUAGCCACUGUGUUCCUGUCAUUGUGAGCGAUCUAAUUGAGCUCCCUUAUGAAGAUGAAAUUGACUACAGCCAAUUCUCAAUUUUCUUCUCUAUAAACGAGGCUAUUCAGCCAGAUUACUUGGUUAAUCAGCUCCGGAAAUUUCCAAAGGACAGGUGGAUUAAAAUGUGGAGGCAGCUCAAGAAGAUCUCCCAUCACUUUGAAUUCCAAUACCCCCCAAUGAAGAAAGAUGCAGUCAACAUGCUAUGGAGGCAGGUUAAGCACAAGCUUCCAGGAGCCCAACUUGCUGUCCAUAGAAAUCACAGAUUGAAAGUCCCAGACUGGUGGCAGCGGAGAAGAUGAUUCUGUUCUGGAGGUUUCAUAAUGGACACUGUACAUUCAUGAUUUUUUUUACAUAAUACACAAUGAUAACCCAUUGAGGGAAUAAUCUGAGGUAGUUACAAUCACCAGCUGUCGUCUACCUUUAUACAGAAAUUACUAUAUGUUCACACUUACUCAUCAGCGUCAGAUCAAAGAAGAUUCUCUUUUGAAAAUGAGAUGUGCAGUGAUGCAUCAUUGCCUGUCUAAUAUUCUUUUGUUCAUUCCCAGCAGUUCAGUAGUGAGUUCUGAGAAAUAACUUUCAUAUGUAGACGUCCAGAAUUUAGCAAAGAACUAAUUCCACGCUGUUGUAUUUGUUUC